AUGUGGUGCAGAGAAGGGCCAGUAGAAAGUUUAUUAGCUUAUCCUGAUAGUAGUUUUGUUACCGUUAGGACAAUUUGUUCAAGCAUUUUCGAUGCGCCGGAUGUGACUUCGCAUUCAUGGGUGCAAAGCACAUUGAGCACAAUGGAAAAGCCUACUGUGAAAGUACUUACGGCAUUCACUUUUUCAUCGCGUAAAAAGCGGACCGAUUUCAGAGAUAAGGUUCUCAACUUUGACAUGCGUCCCAUGUGUAAGAAAUGCUAUCGUCGGAAGGAUUUUCGCGAGUAUCUGAAAGAAGGUCCUCAUCUUUGA